ACAUCAAACAGAAAGCAGGAAGUGAUGGCUCUGAAUUGGCAAUGAAGAAAAACAUAUCUGGCUUUAAAUAUAUUGUGUAAUGUGUAUGGAUUUCUAAUAUCUCAGAAAUUAUAUCAGUUGUUUGCUUCUAGAUACAAAGCAGACCUACUCACCAUGAAAUGCAAGAUAACAUCUUAUGAGGGCAGUGACCAUUAAAGUCCAAAAUGCUCUUUUCCCACACAGAAAGUAGAAGACUCCGCACAGCUGCAUUUGGUUUAAAAAUGUCAUUAUGCCAGACAUCCUGGAACAUUACAUGAUUGUGUCAUAUUGUCAGUACAGUUACUUCUGAUAUUGCAAGAGUGUGUCAAAGUGUUGGGGGAGUGGAUCUGUUAUCACUGGUCUGGUCAAAGUACAUGCAGUGGUUGCCAUGAACUAGUGAGACUUCAUUCAAAUUCAUUGAAGAAGGAGACCACAGAAGAAAUGGCAAAGGAAAAAACGCAGUGGAAAGAGCUGUUAGAGGCCGUAAGUGUUCUUCAGUGGGUGCUCACGUUUCUUUUUCUAGGGUUGUCGUGCACUAUUUUGAGCAUAUUUCUCAUGUUUACAUCUCUGUGGGCACUGUCUGCAUUGUCCUUUAUGUGGCUGGUGAUGGACUGGCAUACUCCUGAAAAAGGUGGCAGGGGAACCAUGUUUGUAAGAAAGUGGAAGGUAUGGGAGCACUUCAGAGACUUUUUUCCAAUAAAGCUAAAAAAGACAGCAGAAUUGAGUCCAAGCAAAAAUUACAUUUUGGGUUGCCAUCCACACGGCAUUAUGAGUGCAGGAGCCUUUAGCUGCUUUUCCACAGAAAGCUGUGGGUUCACAGAGCUGUAUCCCGGUAUGCGCUCCCGCCUGGCCAUCCUGGCAGGUCUUUUUAGGAUCCCACUGUUAAGAGAAUAUAUCAUGUGUGCAGGCCUUUACCCUGUCAGCAAAGCCAGUCUCACACACCUCCUUUCGAAGAGUGGCAAAGGCAAUGCAGUUGUUAUUAUCAUAGGGGGCGCUGCCGAAUCACUGGCAUCGUCUCCUGGAGCCAAUACAGUGGUAAUAAAGCAGAGAAAAGGAUUUGUCAAAGUGGCCCUGGAGUUUGGGGCCGACCUGGUACCUGUGUACUCUUUUGGGGAGAAUGAACUUUUUCAGCAGGUGAUUUUCACCGAGGGCAGCAUUGGUCGAAAAUUACAAGAUCUGUUUAAAAAGGUCAUGGGCUUUGCCCCAUGUUUAUUUGUUGGUGAGAAAUUUGCCUUUCUUCCUUAUAGGAGGCCAGUUACUACAGUUGUGGGAAGUCCUAUUUCCGUGCCAAAGUGCAUGUCCCCCACAGACGAUGAAGUGGAUCAUUAUCACAAACUCUACAUGGAGGGUCUGACAAAGUUAUUUCAUGAGCAUAAAGUCAGCUGUGGCCUCUCAGAGAAUCACAAGCUCCUACUCAUUUGACUCAGUUCUGAUGUAAUGGACCAUACAAACACUGGACAUAUCUUAAUGUUGUUUCUAGAUGUUCUUGUACUUAAUUAUGUUGACCAAAUGUGUUGGUAAAGUAAAUUAUUGCCUGUAAACCAUCAAGUUUCUCUUUUCUAACAUUGCAGGUUGUUAGUUACACCAUUUCAAUGGUAAAGGAACCGGUGAUGUUUUCUGAUAGUAGUCAGAGCCCACUCAUAAUGCAACUGUAAGGGUAAAUGAAUUUCCACUUUCCAUUUUA